GGCGCGCUCUGGAUUCUGUAGACUUUCACGUGAGAGAACGCGACAAAACCACGUAGUGCACAAUUCUCUUCAAGGGAGAGGUCUUGUUUAGGUUUGGCGCGGGAUGCUUUUUUCGGUGCGAAUGCGGCAUUUGCGGCACUAAGAUGAUUCCGUGGUCAUAUUUAGGAUGGUAAAGUCAUCUUGUUCUUUUUCGUCUUUUUUUUCACGCCAAGGCAUCAGCCCGAUUGCAGCGAAUGGGCAUAGUGGGCUAUAGUUCACUGCUAACUAAGAAAGUGCACGUCCGUUUGGGGGUCUGGCUCUGAGAAGAUGUAAGGAUCAACAAGCUAUUUUUCCCCAGUGGUUUCAAAACAAAAAUGCAGAAAGGAAUGCGACUCAAUGAUGGCCAUGUAACCUACCUGGGUCUUCUGGCAAAGAAAGAUGGCACGAGACGAGGCUGUUUGAGCAAAAAGAGCUCAGACAACACAAAAUGGCACACCAAGUGGUUCGCUUUGCUGCAGAAUAUGCUCUUUUAUUUUGAGAACGAAUCCAGCUCUCGCCCCUCUGGAUUAUACCUGUUGGAGGGUUGCGUUUGUGACAGGGCACCGUCGCCAAAGCCUUCCCUGUCGGCCAAGGAAUGUUUGGAAAAACAGUACUACUUCACCAUCAGCUUCAACCACGACAACCAGAAGGCCCUGGAGCUGCGCUCGGAGGAUGUGAAGGACUGCGACGAGUGGGUGGCGGCAAUAACACACGCCAGUUACAGGAACCUGGCCACCGAGCAUGAGACCCUCAUGCAGAAGUAUCUCCACCUACUCCAGAUUGUGGAGACAGAGAAAACGGUUGCUAAGCAACUUCGACAACAGAUAGAGGAUGGGGAAAUCGAGAUCGAGCGACUAAAAUCAGAGAUUGCCGGGCUGCUGAAAGACAACGAGAAGAUCCAGGCCAACCCGACGGCCGCUCCCAGCGACGACGACUCGGAGAUCAAGAAGAUCAAAAAAGUGCAGAGUUUCCUGCGCGGGUGGAUGUGUCGCAGGAAGUGGAAGACCAUCAUCCAGGACUACAUCCGCUCGCCGCACGCCGAGAGCAUGCGCAAGCGCAACCAGGUGGUGUUCAGCAUGCUGGAGGCGGAGGCCGAGUACGUGCAGCAGCUGCACAUCCUGGUCAACAACUUCCUGCGGCCGCUGCGCAUGGCCGCCAGCUCCAAGAAGCCCCCCAUCACCCACGACGACGUCAGCAGCAUCUUCCUCAACAGUGAGACCAUCAUGUUUCUGCACCAGAUAUUCUACCAGGGGUUGAAGGCGAGGAUAGCGAGCUGGCCAACGCUGGUUCUGGCCGACCUGUUCGACAUCCUGCUGCCCAUGCUGAACAUCUACCAGGAGUUUGUGCGCAACCACCAGUACAGCCUGCAGAUCCUGGCCCACUGCAAGCAGAACCGCGACUUCGACAAGCUGCUGAAGCAGUACGAGGCCAAGCCCGACUGCGAGGAGCGGACGCUGGAGACCUUCCUCACCUACCCCAUGUUCCAGAUCCCCCGCUACAUCCUGACCCUCCACGAGCUGCUGGCCCACACACCCCAUGAGCAUGUGGAGAGGAACAGCCUGGACUACGCCAAGUCCAAACUGGAGGAGCUGUCCAGAAUCAUGCACGACGAGGUCAGCGAGACGGAAAACAUCCGGAAGAACCUGGCCAUCGAGCGCAUGAUCGUGGAGGGCUGCGAGGUCCUCCUGGACACCAGCCAGACCUUCGUCCGACAAGGCUCUCUCAUCCAGGUCCCCAUGAGUGAGAAGGGGAAGAUCACACGCGGGCGUCUGGGCUCUCUGUCCCUGAAGAAGGAGGGGGAGAGGCAGUGCUUCCUCUUCUCCAAACACCUAAUCAUCUGCACCAGGGGCUCUGGGGGCAAACUGCACCUCACCAAGAACGGCGUGGUCUCGCUCAUCGACUGCACGCUGAUGGAGGAGACGGAGGGGACGGAGGACGAGACCAAAACGGACAAGAGCGGGCAGGACAUGGAGCACCUGGACUUCAAGGUGGUGGUGGAGCCCAAGGACAGCCAGUCCUUCACCGUCAUCCUGGUGGCCUCGUCACGACAGGAGAAAUCUGCCUGGACCAGCGACAUCAGUCAGUGCAUCGAUAACAUCAGGUGUAAUGGUCUGAUGAUGAACGCGUUUGAAGAGAACUCUAAAGUCACAGUGCCACAGAUGAUCAAGUCAGACACCAGCCUGUACUGCGAUGAUGUGGACAUCCGCUUCAGUAAGAUGAUGAACUCGUGCAAAGUGCUGCAGAUCCGCUACGCCAGUGUGGAGAGGCUGCUGGAGCGGCUCACUGACCUGCGCUUCCUGUCCAUCGACUUUCUCAACACCUUCCUGCACUCGUACAGGGUGUUCACCAGCGCCCACGUGGUGCUCGACAAGCUCAUCGCCAUCUACAAGAAGCCCAUCAGCGCCAUCCCCGCCCGGUCGCUGGAGCUGUUCUUCGCCAGCAGCCAGAACAACAAGCUGCUGUACGGCGAGCCCCCGAAAUCCCCGCGGGCCAGCCGCAAGUUCUCCUCCCCGCCCCCGCUCUCCAUCACCAAGUCCUCCUCCCCGAACCGCCGGCGCAAGCUGUCCCUCAACAUCCCCAUCAUCACGGGGGGCAAGGCCCUGGACCUGGCGGCCCUCGGCUGCUCCCCCAACGGCUAUGCAAGCAUGUACUCCAGCGUGUCUCCCUUCAGCAAGACCACGCUGGACAUCAACAAGCUCUACGUGUCCAGCUCCAUGGCCAACAAGAUGGCCGACGAGGCCGAGGGCGCCAAGGCCGACAGGGCUGAGGAGCCGUCGCUGUGCAAACAAGACAUCUCCGAGAGGGAGGAGGGCGACAGCGAGCAGCACCAGAGCGACGAGGCCGAGCCGGAGACCUCCCCCACCAAGUCCCCCACCACCCCGAAAAACGUGAAGUGCAAAAACUCCUCAGAAUUCUCCCUGUUCUCCUACAACAACGGCAUGGUGGUGUCGUCCUGCCGGGAGCUGGACAGCACCCGCAGCGCCCUGUCAGCGGCCUCCGCCUUCGCCAUCGCCACUGCGGGCGCCAACGAGGGCACGCCCACCAAGGAGAAGUACCGCCGCAUGUCCCUGGCCAGCACGGGGUUUCCCACAGACCAGAGGAAUGGAGAUAAAGAGUUCAUCAUCCGCAGAGCCGCGACCAACCGGGUCCUCAACGUCCUGCGGCACUGGGUGUCCAAGCAUUCACAGGACUUUGAGACUAACACAGAGCUGAAGCAGAAGGUGAUCAGCUUCCUGGAGGAGGUGAUGCACGACCCCGAGCUCCUGACCCAGGAGAGGAAAGCAGCCGCCAACAUCAUCAGAACGCUGACCCAGGAAGAUCCAGGUGACAGCCAGCUUAGCAUGGAGGAGAUAGCGCAGCUGCAGGUUGAGUGUGUGAAGUCAGAGCCGUUUGAGUGCCACUCUGCCCUUGAGAUCGCUGAGCAGCUGACCCUGCUGGACCAUCUAGUGUUCAAGGUCAUCCCUUACGAAGAGUUCUUUGGCCAGGGCUGGAUGAAGAACGACAAAAAUGAGAAGACUCCCUACAUAAUGAAAACCACCAAGCAUUUCAACGAUAUAAGCAACCUGAUUGCCACGGAGAUCCUGCGCUGCGACGACGUCAACACGCGCGUGGCGGUGAUGGAGAAGUGGGUGGCGGUGGCGGACAUCUGCCGCUGCCUCCACAACUACAACGCCGUGCUGGAGAUCACCUCCUCCCUCAACCGGAGCUCCAUCUUCCGCCUCAAGAAGACCUGGCUGAAGGUCUCCAAGCAGACCAAAACGGUGAUUGACAAGCUGCAGAAGCUGGUAUCUUCUGAGGGACGGUUUAAGAACCUGCGGGAGGCUUUGAAGAACUGUGACCCGCCCUGUGUUCCUUACCUGGGGAUGUACCUGACUGACCUGGCCUUCAUCGAAGAGGGGACACCCAACUACACCGAGGACAACCUGGUCAACUUCUCCAAGAUGAGGAUGAUUUCUCACAUCAUCAGAGAAAUCAGACAGUUCCAGCAGACGGCUUAUAAGAUUGACUUCCAGCCGAAGGCUGCGCAGUAUCUGCUGGACAACAGCUCGGUGAUGGAUGAAGAGAGCUUGUACGAGGCGUCCCUCAGAAUCGAGCCCAAGGUGCCCAGCUAAGGAGGGCAGCGCUAACCCCAAAGGCUCCACGCUAUACAGACACUAUAUCAUAUGUACAUAAUCCUUUAUUUGUAUUAGACCAUCUUAGACCUAUCCUUCUAGUAUGUGUUUCUGAAAGGACUUGUGUAUCCUCGUUAUUUGAAGUUAACUAGAAACCUUAAAGACAUUUUUUUAUGUAAAGUUUUUGUGGGGGGGAAUACACUUAGAAGCUUAUUUGUUAUUUACUGUUGUUUUGUCUGCAUUCAAUCAAAUAGUCAUUAUUUUAUACAAAAAAGAAGAAAAAAAAACUUUAAAGUAGAAAGAAACCAACUAGGGGUGGCUUGUACUGGGUCCCUGGGCAUAUGCCGUACCAACUCUUCGGGAGUUGUCACAUGUAAAGGUGUAUUUUAAUACUUCGCCAUUAAAUUUGAUUUCUAAAUUAUUUUUCAGAUCAAGUUCUUUACAUGGAGUUAAAUCCUGCACUUCCGAGUGAGGCUGGAGUGAUAGUGUGAUCACUCGUGUUCACGGGGAGAAAUGUCACCUUUUCUUUGAUGAAAAAAAGAUAUUUAUUUUGUUUAUGAGUUAACGCCAAUGAUGUAGCAAUGUAAAAAAAAAAAAGAAGAACGAAAAGAA